AUGGUGGUGGUGGUGUGGAUGCUUGAUUUGGAGUGUGGUAGUGGUCAGUGGGAUUGGCGCAGAUUUUCACGUUUGUUGGUUUGUGGUGGAGGCAGUUGGUCUGGUAAUGGUGGUGUAGCUGAAGGUGAUUGUGUGAGUGGUAUACAUUUGCUGAUUUGGGGAGGUGAUCACGGUGUUUGUAGCUUUUGUGAAACUGUCACUCUGAGAUCUUCUGUUGAUUCUGGUUUCAGUUGUCACAGAAGUUCUGGUCGAACAAGACGCGCAUCACAGGCAGGAUGGACAGAAGAAGAGGAUAACUUGCUGACGGAAGUGGUACAGAGGUUCAAUGGGAGGAACUGGAAAAAAAUAGCUGAAUACAUAUCUGGAAGGACAGAUGUUCAGUGCUUGCACCGUUGGCAGAAGGUUCUUAAUCCAGAAGUUGUCAAAGGCCCUUGGACGAAGGAGGAGGAUGAUAGUAUUAUUGAGUUAGUCGGGAUGUAUGGCUGUAGGAAAUGGUCUGUUAUUGCAAAGUCUUUACCAGGUCGUAUCGGCAAGCAGUGCCGGGAAAGGUGGCACAAUCAUCUGGAUCCAGCUGUAAAAAAAGAUGCAUGGACUGAAGAGGAAUCCUCCAUUCUAGCUUAUUACCAUCAAUUAUAUGGAAAUAAAUGGGCAGAAAUUGCAAGGUUUUUACCCGGAAGGACUGAUAAUGCAAUUAAAAAUCACUGGAAUUGCUCGGUGAAGAAGAGGCUGGAUUUAAAUCAGCCUCGUCUCUCUGCACUGGAUUUGAAGGGAAGUACAUCUCCUGAUUCCUUCAAUGACGAGAAAAAACCAGGAUGCCAAGAUUAUACAGCUGGCCACCAAAACUUUGAUGAAACAGUCUGCCUUGGUCAUAAAAGGGUUUUGUUGAAUGUCGACGGUGCCUGUUCAACAGUUUUGUCCCUUGGAAAUAAUAGUUUAUCUAAGGAUCAUUCAGAUUACCUGAAACCUAGUUUACUGGGAAAUUGUGUAUCUUCAGAGGAAGGAACAAAUAAUGUGAUAAAUUCUCUAACUGGAAAUCAGUUUGAUGGAACUGGAAGUGUUUCAAGUGAUGGGAUUCACAAACAGCACAUAGGCAGUGCUAAUCGUGCCAGGUCCCCUUGGUUCACCAACUCAUCAAACUUUACCAUGAAUGAUUGCUAUCGAAACAAAACAGAUUUUACAUCUGACAGAAUGUUCGAGUCUCCUAAAAGGCCCAAGUAUGGUCCAUGUAUAACAGAUGAGAGAUUUGAUAGCUCACCUGUUGGUACCUCAUUAAGCUUGUCUUUGUCGGGGUUAAAUGAUGAGAAUCUUAAAUCUGAUGAAAGAAACGCACUCUACCAAACACCUCCUUCUGUGGAUAACAAGGAAUACAGUUUCUUGUACUAUGAGCCACCUCAAAUGUAUGAUUUAGAUGUUUCCAUGUCAAAUGAGGAGAGUGCUAAGCAUGUUAGCCAUCAGCUGGUUCCUUCCUCUUCCCCUUAUCUUUCAUUAAGUAUCUCUAGUAACGAUAGUAGUCCUGAGUCUUUGUUAAGAAGCUCAGCGAUGAGUUACAAAAACACUCCUUCAAUUAUAAAAAGAAAAAUUUAUAGACAAGCUGAAUAUGCAAAAAAUUACCUUGCCGUUAUCACACCUAUUCGUACAAUUUCAUCUCCUUCUAACAGCAAAUAUACUAAAGGUGCAGACUUCGUAGGAGUGAAGGGUGGUUUACUUUCCGACGUUUCUACAUCUGUAGCUGGACUAAACCUGGAAAGACGUCUGGAGUAUGCAUUUGAUCAGGAGUUGGAUCCAACCAUUGUUAGAUGUAUUCCAGGUUCUCCGACCACGUAA